AUGUUGACCGCGGGCCGGUCAUUGACUUUCUGGAUAUACCGUGCGUCCCUCCUUUUGGCUCUUUGCCCCAACGCACUCUCCAAUGCGACCGCCCAGCCACCUCCAAACAAUGCGCAAGGAGCUCUCCCCACGACACCAGUAACAACAUGUCUAGCGAAGAGUAGCUGGCAGACGGAGGCGGAGCUCUUCCACUUGCCACCGUGUCUGGAGACGCGCUGGGGACCGGGUCGCGAUAUCUAUCUUGCUUCGGCAUCACCUGAUCCAAGCGCAGUAGCCAGCGACCCAAUUGUUCAUACACCUGCUGUCUCGAGCGGGACGCCAGAAGAGACAGCAAAGACAACACCAGACCAGACCGCAGAACAGGACCAAGAUACAGACUCGCUAUUGGACAGCGCUAGUUUCCUCUCAUUCGAGGACUGGAAGAAGCAGAAUCUAGCGAAAGUCGGACAAUCAGCCGAGAAUGUCGGAGGGAACAGACGUGCCUCGACAGCUGGAAAGGCAGACCGUCGGCAGCCAGCAGGAAUCAACAAUGCAUUGGAUUCGCUUGGCGACGAUGGUGAGAUCGAGUUGGAGUUUGGUGGCUUCGGCGCUGAGACGCCCGAGGCUAGUCCUACCGCUUGGGACUCGCAUAUCCCGUCGCGCGAGGCCGGCCAGGCAGGGAACGCGGAUAGAGGCAAUGCGGAUGUACACGCGCAAGGCGCAAUCCGGCGAGACGCGUCGCGUCGUAAGGACGCUGGCACUACUUGCAAGGAGCGGUUCAACUAUGCUUCCUUUGACUGCGCGGCUACGGUGUUGAAGACGAAUCCUGAGUGCAAGGGUUCGUCUUCUGUGCUCAUUGAGAAUAAGGAUAGCUAUAUGCUCAAUGAGUGUCGCGCGCAGAACAAGUUUCUUAUCCUGGAACUGUGCGAUGAUAUUCUGGUUGAUACAGUCGUCCUUGCAAACUACGAGUUCUUCAGCUCUAUCUUCCGCACAUUCCGGGUUAGUGUCUCGGAUCGGUAUCCCGCCAAACCGGAUCAGUGGAAAGAACUCGGGGUCUAUGAGGCGCGCAACACUCGUGAGGUGCAGGCUUUUGCAGUAGAGAACUCGCUUAUCUGGGCUCGAUACCUUCGGGUUGAGUUCCUUACGCACUAUGGGCAUGAGUUCUUCUGCCCUGUCAGCUUGAUUCGGGUGCACGGUACCACUAUGAUGGAAGAGUACAAGCAUGGCGAGAGCUCUGACCGCGCUGAGGUUGAGGAGUUGGAUGCCAGUGAAGCUAAUCAGCUUCCUGGAGAUGUGGAAACCAAGCCUGUUGAGGUGCCGGUCGAGAUACCUGUUGAGAAAUUCGUUCCUCCGGUGGAAUCUAGCCUUGCAGUGGAUGAGGUCUGUCCGAACCCUCCAUUAGAGGCUGUGUCGCCUUUUGCGAAACACAUCGGUGGGGAUAUAUGCGGUAUUAAUGAUGGGCCAACUGCUACGACUCCGUUGACGUCAGAUACAAUGAACCGGACCAAUACACCACCGAAACAGAACUCUACUGCCGUAGUUGGAGGUAGUCCAUCUGCGACCAAAGCCGGAUCACCCGCCUCCUCAAACUCUGAGGAUUCCCGAAAGCAGGGCGAGCCUACCAAAAAUGUGGUGACCGCUUCGACUGCCUCUAACGUAUCCUCGGAGCCUGCUCAGCAUAACACCACAUCUGAGACUGCUGGGAAAUCCACUACCAAUCCCAAAGAGGAGCACAACAUUCCUCCCCCAGAAUCGACGAGAGCUACACACACUCACCCGCCAUCCGCAAACCCCACGACCCAAGAAUCCUUCUUCAAAUCCGUCCACAAGCGGCUCCAGAUGCUUGAGUCGAACUCAACCUUGUCUCUUCUCUAUAUCGAGGAACAGUCUCGCAUCUUGCGUGAUGCGUUCAACAAGGUUGAGAAGCGGCAGCUAGCGAAGACAUCUACCUUCCUUGAGAACCUCAAUGUAACUGUUAUCAACGAACUAAAAGAAUUCCGCGAGCAGUACGACUACGUUUGGAAAUCCGUUGCUCUUGAAUUUCAACACCAGCGCAUGCAGUACCACCAAGAACUCCAAUCCCUCAGCGGCCAGCUUGGUGUCCUUGCAGACGAACUAGUCUUCCAAAAGAGAGUCACCGUUAUCCAGAGCAUCAUGGUCCUCUGCUGCUUUGCCCUUGCCCUGUUCUCACGGGGCUCGGGAAGUAACUAUAUGGAAUUCCCCGCGGUUCAAAGAAUGGUCACCCGGUCCUACAGUCUGCGGUCUUCAUCUCCAAUUUUCGCCUCUCCCUCUGUUAGCCCGUCGACACGCCCAGCGUCAUCCUCAUACCGUGAGAAUAAUGGCCACCGCAGAAACAUCUCUGACUCGUCCGACGCAGAUAGUCCUGCUAGUCCCACCGCAGCCUAUUCCCCGCCCACUCCUACGUCCUCUUCUUCUCCAGAAAGAGAUCUUGAGGAGACAGAUAAGAUGGAAGAACCUGCCUCCCCUGAGUCUAUGUCUCUUCUCAGUCUGGCAACACCACAACCCCGUUCUCAUAGUACGCCGCCUGUAUUGAAUGGGCGCCCCAUUGACCUGGAUAUGGAUACACCAGCUGAUGUCGACUUGGUUACCGAUAAUCCACGGUCGCCUGAACGGUGA